UUCAGUGGGUAGAAAUCAUAAAUACCUAACCAAACUAUUCCAGUCAACGUCAAAGUCGAAUGGAAACAAUGAGAAUCCAGUGGGAACCAGCACACAAAGUAAUUAUUCUGUAACUUAAAUCUUGCACAAUAUUCCUACGAUCUAUGAAACCGACCACUUGAUGCUUGAUGCCCACAACUUGCGAUCAUACAGAGGUUGAGAUUUGUUUUUAUUAUUUUCCCGCCAGUAUGAUCAUUGAAUAUAGAUAGAAGGUAUGACGUCGUUAAUUGAAGAAAAUCGGGAUAUUCCUCUUGAGCAGAGCAGCCAAAAAUCAGUUGCUGAUGUACUCAAGAAGAAAAAAGAUCAGCUCAGAAAAGAUAUCGAAGAGUUGAAGGCACUCAAUUUUCGGAUCAAGUGCUCGUUGAACAUUUCCAAGUUCGGGGAUAUCAAACAUUUGUUCCAGUCAAAAUCACCUCAGUAUUUCGCUCCUGGAAAAAUUCCAGAUGUCAUCGCCAAAUACACAGAUGAACUAUAUCGAUUCACAGGGAUUCAUUGCAUUAAAUUUGUGGAAAAUGAAAGUCUGUUUAACUUUGCUUGCACUUCAAGUAAUGCCGAUGGUGGAGCUUAUGGUGUGCAGAUUAAGAAUACUGCAGAAAAGAUAAUAAUUGGCAAAUGGAUAAUGCCCAUGUCUGUUGACAUGAAAAGUAUUCUUAAAGAAACUCCACUCCAGGAUCCCGACGAACUUAAGUCGUUCUUGAGAAACUGUAAACAUCAUAUAGACUGCUAUACCAACAGAAUGAAUCAGUUCAUUGAGUUGCAGGCAGUUAUCAACCAGUUAUCCCAAUGCACCUUGGACACAAAUUUGGGUUACACCGUUAUAACUUUGAAAUUUUUCAACAUGCAGGAGCUUGAUUCAGAAGAAACACACAAUGUUAUGCUCUAUUUGCUGUACAAAUCCAACAGAGUUAGACCGCAAAAAAUGACAAUUGAUUCGUCAAGUUCUCAAGCACUGAAUGACACUGUCAUUGCAAAAUGCAAGAGUUACUUCAAGAAUUUCAAGUGCUUCGACUUGAAUAAAGCAUUUAAAGAAACGAUCUCUGCUGUGAAUGCUCCUAUUAUGUGGAAACUGGCGGAAGAGGAUGAGGAGUCGCUUGAUUUAACGGAUAGCGGCUCCACCAGCUCUGAGGCUAAUUUUGUGAGGCAAACUGAUGUAACUAAAAAGCAAACAAAACGUCGCAGGGUAACCUCAAGGAGGAAUCGUACUUUGUUGGAUGAUGAGGAAGUUUCAGGUGAUUCAAAUAAAACACAGGAUGCUCUUACGCCAAGUGUGCUUGACUCUAUUGAUGAUAGGGAUGAAAAAUAUAUUGAGAAGCGUAGAAAACUUGUCACAAAAAAAUCACCUAAGAAAAAGCCACCUAAGCCAAAGAGUAUUUCCGAGUCAACUACAAGAGUACUAAAAAAUCCAUCUAACCGAAGUUUGCGACAAACUACCUUGAUAUUUAAAAAUCAGAAACCUCAAAGCUCAGGCCCUGUAGAUGUGGAAGAUGAGCCAUUAUCCAAAAAAGUGUCGACGUUCUUGGAAAACGACACUCCCAUUACACAAAAAUCAAAAAUUAAUUCGUUUCUUCCGAAAGAACACAAAUUUGGCACCAGUACUCCACUUCGUCCUGUUAAACAUGGCGAGAUACGUCAUGUUGGAAGUAUUGGUGGAGUAAGUCCCAUCAAAUCAAACAAAAGAUUGGUUUCCAAAGCACAAAAGCAACGGGCAAAAUCCGAUUAAGUCGAUUCGUAAUAUGCGAGAUAGAUAUAUUUUGUUAAUACAGUAAUGUAAUCUCAUAACGAACAUUUUCAAUAAAUUUUUGUAAUCUAA